AAAAAAUAGUAUUGUCGAACAUGUUAUUGGUUACAAUUAUGAUGACAAUUCCGUUGUUGGUGGUCUUUAUACUCGUGUUGGUAUUGGAAUUUUUUGUCUUGGUACAGUAAUUCAUUCAAGUCUAUCGAUUCUUAGUAAUUUGGAAAAUCGUUCAUGUAUACGAUGGACAACUGUAAUUGACGAUUUCUCACGAUUACUCUUCAGCCUCAUUCAAUUCUUCUUUAUUUUCAAACAUUCAAAUCUUAUCAUUCGAACCCAUGAGAAUGUAGCUCGAUUGGCAGUUAUUCAUAUUGUUGUUACCAAUUUAUGUGUAUGGUUUCGCAUGGUUGCGAUUGAAACGAACUCGCAAAUUGCGGAAAUAAAUGGUCAUGAAAUGAUUGUAGCACAACACAGUAGUACGGCUAGCCAUUUUAAUAAUGGCAGUCAAGAUGCAAUCAAUCUUCUUCAUCGUCUACCGAUUUUUCAUUCGGAGUGUUCAAAUUUAUUUGCCAACGGCACAUUACCAGUUACUACCGUCAUCCUUGAAGGUUACAUGAGAUUGAAACCACUUUUAUAUCCAUGUACAAUCGAAUUUAGUCUCAUGUGUCUAACACUGUUCUUUCUCAUCUGGGAAAAUAUUGGUAAAACAUUUACACAUAACAUAUCGGAUAAAGAAUCAACAAAAAAUGUUUUCAUGGUUAAUUGUCAUGCAUCCAUCAAAGGUCUCUUUGUUGGAAUGAUUGUUUUCUCUUGUACAAUGAUUUCUACCAUUCUCUAUGGUGCUUUUCGACACAAAACUGGUGAUAAUAUCCAUGUGAAACCAUCCUGGUUGGCUGAGACGGCUCACGAUCAUCAACAUGCUAAUCUUACAAGUACAGCAAUAAUAUCGCAUCAACAACAUUCAAUAUCAAAGACUUCGAAAACGAUAGAUUACAGCAUAGCCAUUCUUGAAAUCUGGAACUUGUGUUUGUUGGCUCUUUCACUAUGUACUACUAUAUGGUCAUUCAUCAAAAUUCACAAAUUGAAUUAUCGCCGAACGACGACACGUUUCGACGAUGUUCUCAUCAUUGUCUCAUUAACAGGCAUCUAUUUGUAUUCGAUCUUCAGUGCUUUCGCUAUCAUUAGUAAACUGAAUUCAUCAACAUGGGUCAUCUAUGUUAAAGUAGCAAUCAUUAUUUUAGAAUUCAUCGAAGGUACUGUUCAGGCAUUGUUCAUUCUUAUUGCAUUGCGCAAACGUCAGAGACAAACAAAUAAAUAUGAAUAUCCAGCGCGUGAAAUGAUCAUUCUAUUAAUCAUGCUUGAUCUAAGUCUCUGGUUCGAAAAAACAACAACAACGACUAAACAUGAAGCAAAUCCAUUUCAAUUGGCUUUCUAUCAUGUCAUUCCAUGGUCGAUCAUUGCUGCAAUUGCUACACCACUUCAAAUACUUUUUCGUUUUCAUGCAUCUGUCUGUCUUUCACAUGUAUGGGCAAAUAUGUACUACUUGCCGACUUAUGAACCAAUAGCUCCUCGUGAUUUUUGA